AUGAGACGGAAGAAGAGCGUAAAGCCCGAGAAGCAGAAGAACUACGUGUACAACAGGAAGCCGAACGACGCCGACUGGAAGAGGAGCGCCAAGCAUAAGAGCGAGAACGGCUACAAUGUGAGCCACAGGAACGCGAACGGGCUGCAAAAGAGGCUGAGGACUGGCGACAACAAUCCCACCACAACGAAGAUCAUUUUCUUCUUUGCUCUCCUUGCUAUUGCUGCAUGCAGCGCCUCUGCGCAGUUUGAUGCUGUUACUCAAGUUUACAGGCAAUAUCAGCUGCAGCCGCGUCUCAUGCUGCAGCAACAGAUGCUUAGCCCAAGCGGUGAGUUCGUAAGGCAGCAGUGCAGCACAGUGGCAACCCCCUUCUUCCAAUCACCCGUGUUUCAACUGAGAAACUGCCAAGUCAUGCAGCAGCAGUGCUGCCAACAGCUCAGGAUGAUCGCGCAACAGUCUCACUGCCAGGCCAUUAGCAGUGUUCAGGCGAUUGUGCAGCAGCUACAGCUACAACAGUUUGCUGGCGUCUACUUCGAUCAGACUCAAGCUCAAGCCCAAGCUAUGUUGGCCCUAAACUUGCCGUCAAUAUGCGGUAUCUACCCAAGCUACAACACUGCUCCCUAUAGCAUUCCCACCGUCGGUAGUAUCUGGUACUGAAUUGUAGCAGUAUAGUAGUACAGGAGAGAAAAAUAAAGUCAUGCAUCAUCGUGUGUGACAAGUUGAAACAUCGGGGCGAUACAAAUCUUAAUAAAAAUGUCAUGCAAAUUUAAACAUAAUGCCUCUGUAAGGAUAAAUCCUAGUACAUUGUUGAAAUUAAUUAUCAUCACCGCCUACUAUGGUUGCAUUUA